AUGGAAAGGAAAUCAUCGAUGGUGGGGUGUCACCUAUCUGAGCGAGAUGAAGAAGACGAGGAUGUAGAAUCUGUGGUGGAACCCGAAGAAGAUCCUGAGGAGGAGCCCGAAGAAGACCCUGAUGAGCAACCCGAAGAAGACCCCGAGGAAGAACCCGAGGGAAAUCACGUGGAGUACCAUGUGGAACAAAGAUACGAAACGUUCCAUAUGCCCUAUGUGGAGUACACGCCAACUAGUCCUGGUACCUAUUGGAAGAGACUUUAUAAAGAUGAAAUGCCACAGGCACAGCUCGAGAUUCACGGUUUGAGAAGAAAGAUUGAAGAGAUAGAUGAACAUAGGUCAAGGCUCGUACAGAAGAACCAAACACGUGUUGAGGCCACUGAGAAAAGUAAGCGCAAGAUACGAAGGUUGGAACAGGAGGCAAAACAAGCCAAGGCGGAAACUUACAGAUUCCUAAAUAAGGUGGUUGGAAGAGACCCACCUCAGCCCGAGGUGCUGGUCAUUCAAAGUGGUCCCGGAGAUCGAAAAGCUAAAAAGAUAAGGAAGUACUUGAAGGAGGGAAAGCAAAUAUUGAAAUAUGAUGAUAUUGCUUUUAAAAAAUCUGGGAGGUUCACUAGGGUCACUCCGGAGGAAGAACGCAUCCCAAUUAGAGCUUAUGUUAGAGCACCAGGAGAUCUACCAGAAGCCCCACUGAUCCCAAACGCUAGUUGUGGACGGGGCCAAGGAAGAGGUAGGGGUAGAGGAAGAGGCCGAGGAGCUGUUACAGCACCGAUACCUGUAUAA